ACCUCCCAGAGGGAGCAGCUAUUUAAGGGGAGCUGGAAUUCAGAAUAAACCAGGAAGAUACUUGGAGAUAUCAAGUUCGGGCUCCUGUGAAAGAACUGUCGACAUGAAGACCCUCCUGCUGUUGGCCGUGAUCACGUCCUUUGGUCUGCUGGAGACCCAUGGGGAUCUGGUGGAUUUCGCGAAAAUGAUCUUUAAGAAGACAGGAAAAGAAGCCAUGUCUAGUUAUGGCUUCUACGGUUGCUACUGUGGCUACGGUGGCAAAGGAACCCCCAAGGAUGCGACCGAUCGGUGCUGCGUGGCACAUGACUGUUGCUACAAACGGUUGGAGAGACGCGGGUGUGGCACCAAGCUUCUGAGCUACAAGUUUGCUUACAACAGGGGCCAAGUCAUCUGCGAAAGAGGAGACUACUGCAAGACUCAACUGUGCGAAUGUGAUAAAGCGGCUGUCAACUGUUUUGUGAGAAACAAGAGCACCUAUAACAAAAAUUACCGAUUCUACGACAAUAAGCUUUGCUCUGGAAGGACUGUCCAGUGCUGAAAGCCCCCUCACCCUGGACGCCGCACCACCCCGCGCUGUUUCCUUCCCUAGGCGCCCCCUCCGGGCCACCUCCCUACUCUAGCAAGUUCCCUGGCAAUGAAGGAAACACCUCUCCCCCCUCCUACAGACAAGCCAGGAGCCCUUGGAUCCCGAGGCAGAAGGCUUCUGUCCAGAAUGAGAAGCCGUGAGGCAUGUAUGCCUCGCCCCUUCCCCCCACUCUUCCUUGGGCAGCAGCAGAAUUCCCCAUUUCCACUGUUCUCCUCCAAGCCCUGCUUCCUGCUUAGCUGUGGCACCUACACUCAGGGAUCUCUUCUGAAUAAAUCAAUUCCUUGGCAAACUGUG